AUGAUUUGCUUAGAGCCCACUUCCUGGAGCUCCUUUUUACCAUUUGAUCAAGAUGAAGUCGUGGAGAUUAUUGAGGAGGAGGUGAAACGUGAUCCAGAGUUUCAUGUCUCUCGACAAGUCACCCGCCAGCGGAACCUUGGAUUGGAGAUUCCUCAGGUGCAAGCCUUAUUGGCCUCUGCGCGCUGUGUCAGUCUCGGGACUUCUUGUUCCGUUGCUGCUGCCUUGCAGGCUCUCGACCUUAGAGGGGAAGCAGGGCCAUUUGAUUGGCUGAGGAUCUCCGCCAGAAGUGUGGGAUACUUGUUGAGGACGGGCUUCCGAGACUUCUUUGACAUCGAGUACACUCAGAGCAGACCUGGUGAGCGAAUUGCUUCGGCCAAGCAUUGGCAAGGAAGUUUUUGGCACCACGAUGUGACAGACAUCAAUGUGCGCUUGGCCUUUGAUCGCCGAAUUGAGCGCUUUCUGCGAAUUCCAGCAGGGCGCGACAUGAUAUUUUUGCGGGCCAUGAACCAUUUGGAGGAACUGGACGAGAUUAUGGACUUGUUCCUCAUCUUGAAACUACACUUUCAGAAAGCUCGCCGAGUCCGCUUGGCAGUGCUGAUUGACCUUCAGGAGGCUGAGGGAGCCUUUUCGACCCGCGAGCUGGGACCGGACGUGAUUUUCCUGCCCGUCAGCAAAGCUGCGCCUUACCCGAAUGGGCUGGCGGCGAGCUGGCCUUUUUGGGAGCUUUGCCCUGGCAGUGCCCUGGCCCCUGGUGGCCCCUGGCGGGCCCUGGCGGGCCCUUCAGACCAGAGUGAGCAGAUCAGACCUCCUGUGUACACGGAGUAUCCCUCCCUCUAUGGAGGCCCUUGCAAUGUGAACCGAGAUGCUUCGGUAAAGCCCACCGAUGCUGUCAUCUUCUUGUAUGCCCAUGCAGACAGCAAGCAUUUCAGGCGAGCCCUGGAUGCCGCCGCAUCCGCCUGGAAGUAUUGCUGCAGUCCUUGCUUUCCACAGCAAGAUCCUUUCGACUUCAGGUGCGAGAUGUGCCACGUGAGCACCCGCACCGCUGCAGAUUUUGCGGCACAUGAGGCAGGAAAGAUGCAUCGGAAGCGAGUAGCUUUGGAGCAAUGCUGGCAGGCAGCUUUGGAAGCUUCGAAGCAUCAGCCCUUGAUGGAAGUCACCUGCAAUUUGCGAAACCGCCAGCUGCCACAGCAGGCGCAGCACUCCGGUGCCAAGGCAUCCAAGUUCGCCGCAGCGCCGAGGUGGGCUUGCACUUGUUGCGAAGGCAUUGGAGCUCUGUGGCAAAAGGGAGUGCCAUCAGAAUGCCAGCAGUCGACGGUGCCAGCAGACCUGUUUGGUUUCUGGGAAUGCAACCAACCUGUUUGCAGUAGCCGUUUGCACAAAGAUGUCACCAACUCUAAGACGAUUCUGAGUUGA